UUCGAAAUUGAGUGUCCAUGUGAGCCUGUAACGUGUAUGAGCGUGGUUGGUGUCUGGUAGCACAGUAUCUCGCUAAACCUCCCGGCCGAAGCUCCGGGGUCGGUGCGCGCUAGCUUGCGAUCGACCCUGAGCGCUCGUACGUGACCUGUAACUGCGUUGCUGCAUGCGAUCUCCAUCCCGCAAUUUCAGUAGGCCUACAAAAUUAGGAACAUGGCGUCUGCUGGGCAACAAGGUCAGUACGAUGCGACAGCUGGGGAUGAAAAUGCAUCUGAGGAAUCGGCAAUCAUGUUCCCAGGAGGAAGAGCAAAAAAUUCAGAUGCGAUGUAUGCGAUCAGAGGCCAACAAAUUGGUCCUUCUCGUCAACAGUCGGCGAAGGCUAAACCACCCAUUCAUGUGGGAGCUGUGAAGGGUCUGCUUGCUGUCGUUAUUCUCUUUCUUGCCUGUUUAGCAGCUUUUUCUUCACGUCUGUUUGCUGUUAUCCGCUUCGAAAGCAUCAUCCACGAGUUUGAUCCAUGGUUCAAUUACCGCUCAACACAUUAUUUGGUAACCCAUGGCUUCUAUAACUUCUUGAACUGGUUUGAUGAAAGAGCAUGGUCUCCUCUUGGAAGGAUUGUUGGGGGCACAGUGUACCCAGGCUUAAUGGUGACAUCAGGAACUAUUCAUAAUAUUCUUCAUGCUCUCAACAUACCAGUACAUAUUAGAGAUGUCUGUGUGUUUCUAGCACCACUUUUCAGUGGGCUCACAGCACUAGCAGCAUAUGGCUUAACAUCUGAGCUUUGGGAUACAAGUGCUGGUUUAUUGGCAGCAUGUUUCAUUGCUAUUGUUCCGGGUUACAUAUCUCGAUCAGUUGCCGGGUCAUAUGACAAUGAAGGAAUUGCCAUAUUUGCUCUGCUUUUCACCUACUAUCUAUGGUUGAAGGCAGUAAAGACGGGUUCUGUAGCUUGGGCUUCUGCUACAGCGCUUUCAUACUUCUAUAUGGUAUCAGCAUGGGGAGGUUAUGUAUUCAUUAUCAACCUCAUCCCUCUCCAUGUAUGUGUCCUAUUGCUUAUGGGACGUUUCUCAAAUCGUAUCUAUGUUGCAUUCUGUACAUUUUACAUUUUGGGAACACUGAUGUCUAUGCAGGUGCCAUUUGUAGGAUUUCAGCCUGUACGAACCAGUGAACAUAUGGCGGCUGCAGGUACCUUUGUCCUGCUACAAGCCUUUGCCUUCCUGAGAUAUAUUCAAGAUUUCUUGACCAAGCAGGAAUUUCGCUCUCUGUUCUUCUUUGGGGUGCUCGGUACAGCAGGAAUCACUUUCUUGGGGGUAGUAUUCUUAACUUAUGCAGGUUAUGUUGCACCCUGGAGUGGUAGAUUCUAUUCACUGUAUGACACUGGCUAUGCAAAGAUUCACAUUCCAAUUAUUGCCUCAGUAUCUGAGCAUCAGCCAACAACGUGGGUGUCCUUCUUCUUUGACCUUCAUAUCUUGGUCUGUACAUUCCCAGCUGGACUCUGGUUUGUCAUAAAGGAUAUCAAUGAUGAGAGAGUCUUCAUUGCCUUGUAUGCCUUGAGUGCGGUAUAUUUUGCCGGUGUGAUGGUCCGAUUGAUGCUGACUCUGACUCCAGUGGUAUGCAUCCUCGCUGCCAUAGCAAUCAGCAAGACUCUCAAUGAAUACUUGGUGGAUGAACUCCCCAAGAAAUCCAUGUCAGGGGAUGAAGAAGAUGAGGAAGAUGAAGAGGAUGCUGAUCGCAAGAACAGGAAAUAUUACGAUAAGGCUGGUAAAGUGCGACGAAUCAAGACAGACAAGGGUAAAGAUGACGAGGGUAUGGGAGGUAACCUAAAAGGAUUCGUUGUGGUAGCUAUCAUCAUGACUCUCAUGUUAUUCUCUGUUCAUUGUACAUGGGUUACCAGUAAUGCCUACUCCAGCCCUAGUAUAGUGCUUGCUUCCCACAAUCAAGAUGGGUCUCGUGUCAUUCUUGAUGACUUCCGUGAGGCGUAUUAUUGGUUACGUAAGAACACUGAUGAUCAUGCCCGUGUGAUGUCAUGGUGGGAUUAUGGCUAUCAGAUCGCUGGCAUGGGAAACAAAACAACACUAGUAGAUAAUAACACCUGGAAUAACAGCCAUAUAGCAUUAGUUGGAAAGGCCAUGUCGUCGAAUGAGACAGCAGCGUAUAAGAUAAUGAGAGAACUGGAUGUUGACUACGUCCUUGUGAUAUUUGGUGGUGUGAUAGGAUAUUCUGGUGAUGACAUCAACAAAUUCUUGUGGAUGGUUAGGAUAGCAGAGGGAGAACAUCCAAGAGAUAUAAAGGAAAGUAACUACUUCACACCCAAUGGGGAGUUCAGGGUGGACAAAGCAGGAUCACCUACCCUACACAACUGCUUAAUGUAUAAAAUGUGUUACUAUCGCUUUGGGGAAUUACAGCUUGAUUUUCGGUCACCGGCAGGCUUUGAUCGGACAAGAGGAGUAGAGAUUGGGAAGAAAGAUAUUUCCUUUGAGCAUCUAGAAGAGGCAUACACCACGGAACACUGGCUUGUUCGUAUCUACAAGGUUAAACCACUCAGUAAUCGUGUACCCAAUGAGAAACCUCUUAAAAGAAAGGCAGGGAAGAAGAAAUAUGUUUCUAAAAAGACGGGUAAGAAAAGGCGUGGAUCCAUCAAGAACAAACCAGUAGUGAAACGAGGCAAGCGUACAAGAGGAAGUGGCAAAAAUAAUAAGAGAAUAUGAAUCUUUUCACCUUGCCAUGAUACUCCAAGAACAUUUGAUGAAUUUUCAAUACAUUUUGGGUGAAAUGGCCUUCUAGAAUUAAGUAGUUAUGGGUUAGACUUGGGUGGAAUAGUAAGAUAAGUGAUUCAACAGGA